UGGAAUUUCCAGAUACUUUCAUUCCGCGCGAGUAGCCAGAAAACGCGACGUGAUCGCGAGCCGGCGCUCCUUCUGCCUGUAAUUCAAUUUCAAGUUUUCUGCCGCUUUUGUAACGCUACGAAACCUUAGGAAUCUCGCUACUAUCGCGGUUAUCUCUCAGUACCCGAUCCGUCGACACGGUGAGAAGCAUCCGAUAUCGAAGAAGACCGUGGCCGGUUUAUUAAUACGAUCGGUUCGACGGAGACUUUCCCAUUUCCGAUAGGGAGUUAUAUUUUAUUUACCAAUUUGUACAAUCGAUAACUCGCCGAGCCGAACGAUUUUCUUUCACGAGAAAUUUGAAUCUCAAGCCCAUUAUUGGCUUGAUCAUCGAGUACUCCGUGACUCUCGAAUCGAAGAACAGCGAACAUACGUCGGAGAGGAAUUCCUAAUAGAGAACGAUUAUCCUUCAUUCGCAGCAAUAUCAUGCUCGAAGAGUUCCGAUAGUUCGCUUAAGCACAGUCGAACCGAUGCCCCAGGACGAACACGAGGGGAAUUCUGAUGAUAUUUAAGAUCAGACACCGGAAUUUUCGCGGUUCUGUACUUUUUGCAAUAUCUAUUUUCGGGCCGCGUUUACUCACGUCUCAAGCUGGUCCCGCGAUUCCAACGAGCUCUCGGCCGAAAGAAAAAGUUUGAUAGCGACGACAAAGUAAAGGGAAGGUGAUAUCUUCAUGAUCAAAAUGGAAACCUCCACCGUGGUGUUUAUCCCGCAAAAUACAACGAUACAGGCGAAGCGUGAGCUAUUCUUCAAAGGUGACAACGCCGGAAUAAUGUCACCAUCUGUGCCGUCGGUGCCAUCGGUGCCAUCGGUGCCGCCUCCACAACCUCCGUCGCAGGCCUCGUCGCCGAUGAGCACCUCGUCAACGAAUACGUCGUCGACAACUACCACGACAACCACGACACUCGCCUCGCCUAACACAGCACCACCAACUUCCUCGACCGUGUACACAAGCGUCACAUCGUCGGCGCCUACCUCAAAGCCACGAUUACCUCCGUCCACGGUGAUUCUGAAUCAAAACGAUGCAUCAGAGGACAGCAAUAAACGGGAGUCGAGCAGAAGCAGCGAAAACAAGGAAGCCCCUGUUCUACAUCAUUCACGACCAACGCCGCCGACCAAGCCUAAAGAACUUGAUGGUUACGUGGGAUUCGCGAAUCUGCCCAACCAAGUCUAUAGAAAAGCUGUUAAAAAAGGAUUCGAUUUUACUCUGAUGGUCGUUGGUGAAUCAGGGCUGGGAAAAUCAACCUUGAUCAAUUCGAUGUUCCUCGCCGAUAUAUACAGUGCCGAGUAUCCUGGUCCUAGCCUCAGGGUUAAAAAAACUGUAGCUGUAGAGACAAGCAAGGUAUUGUUGAAAGAGAACGGUGUGAAUCUUACUCUGACUGUCGUCGAUACACCUGGAUUCGGAGAUGCAGUCGAUAACAGCAAUUGUUGGGUACCAGUGAUCGAAUAUAUCGAAUCAAAAUACGAGGAAUUUCUAAAUGCUGAGUCUCGUGUAGUGAGACGGCAGAUCCCAGACAGUCGAGUGCACUGUUGUCUCUACUUCGUCGCACCCUCGGGCCAUGGUUUGAAGCCGUUGGAUGUCGAGUUCAUGCAACGUCUUCACGACAAAGUUAACAUUAUACCUGUCAUCGCGAAGGCAGAUACCAUGACGCCAGACGAAUGUGCUCAUUUUAAGAAACAGAUUUUAAACGAGAUAGCACAGCACAAGAUAAAAAUCUAUGAGUUUCCGGAAGUAGAGGAAGAAGAGGAAAGUAAACUGCAUAAAGUUCUUAGAGACAGAGUACCGUUUGCAGUAGUGGGUGCAAACACUGUGGUCGAACAAGACGGUAGGAAAGUUCGUGGAAGAAAGUAUCCUUGGGGAAUCGCAGAAGUGGAGAAUUUGGAGCAUUGCGAUUUCAUAGCACUCCGAAACAUGGUGAUCAGAACACAUUUGCAAGAUCUGAAAGAUGUGACAAAUAAUGUACAUUACGAAAACUUCCGAUGUCGUACGUUAGCAGGCAUUGGAGUGGAUGGAAAACCAACGAAAGUCUCCAAUAAUUUGUGCCCUCCAGGAGUGAUGAACAGUUUCAUGACAGUGUGGAAUCCAUUGGCUCAAUUGGAAGAGGAAAAGAGAGAACAUGAUAAUAAAAUGAAAAAAAUGGAAAUUGAUAUGGAGCAGGUGUUUGAAAUGAAAGUCAGAGAAAAGAAGCAAAAACUUAAAGAUUCAGAAGCAGAUUUACAAAAAAGGCACGAACAAAUGCGGCGCUGUUUGGAGCAACAAGUACGUGAGUUAGAAGAAAAAAGACGAGCAUUUGAGGCUGAAAAGGUAGCAUGGGAGCAACAGACUGGACACAGUAUUGAAGAAUUACGUAGGCGCAGCCUGGAAGCAAAUUCAAAAGAGACGGGAUCAGUGUCUUCCGAGGGAUCUGGCGGUGGCGGGGGUACGUUGAGGGGUUCACGAGGGAUAGGAAGUCUCCUACGCCGUCACACCAGUUUCAAAUCACCUCAAGACAGCCCUACACAGAUACAGCUUGUCAUACAACAUCCCGAGCAUCCUUAGUAGAUCGUAGAAUCUGUCUACAUUUACUUACAAAAUGCCUGUACGUCGCUGUGUC